UGGGAGCGCGUUUGCUUUGCCCCUCCCCUGUGGAAGGAGAAGCAGGAGGAGGCGGGCGCGCGGCGUCAUGGCGGCUGUUGGGGAAGCGGCUCCGGCGUUCUCGGCGGGACUCAACCGAAGGAAGGCCUAUGGCAAGGCUAAUCCUCGUAACUGCUGCUAAAGACGACAAAGACAAAACGUAGACAAAUAAAUUUUACUGGUCAAGUAAAAUGGAUCCGUGUUCAGUUGGAAAUCAGCUGCAAGCUAGCAGUGAUUGCCAUAAAACAUUCUUUACCUCUCAAACUGGCUUCAAGAAUAAACAAGAUUUUUCAUCAACUGAUCUAGUACUCCUUCAGCUUAGAACUGGGAUAACCUUUACAGAGAACAACACGAUCUGUUUCCAUCAUGCUAAAGUUUACCUUGAUAGAUAUGAAGACUUGCAAAAGUCAUGUUGUGAUCCCUUUAAUAUACACAAAAAAAUCUCAAGGAAAAACUUGCAUGCAAUUGACUUAAAUGAUGCUACUUUUCUAAGUGCCAAGUUUGGACGGCAGUUUAUACCUGGCUGGAAGCUUUGUCCAAAAUGUACACAGAUAAUAAAUGGAAAUGCAGAGGUUGAUUCUGAAGACCGCCAGCAAAGAAGACAUGAUUCAGACGGGCGUACAGCUAAAGCCUUGAAAUCCUUACAGUUUGCUAAUCCAGGACGACAUACUGGAUUUGCUCCAGAAGCAAACAAAAGAGAAAAAAGAAGACUCCAAGCAAAAAGCACAUCCGUUAAUUCAGAUAGGCAGGUAAUACCCACAAAGAGCAAAGUGUAUGAUAGCCAAGGAUUCCUGAUUUAUAGUGGGAUAGACCUUUGUGACUGUCUCGAUGAAGAUUGCCUAGGAUGUUUUUAUGCCUGUCCAAAGUGUGGCUCCAGCAAGUGUGGACCUGAAUGCCGCUGUGAUCGGAAGUGGCUAUAUGAACAAAUCGAGAUUGAAGGAGGAGAAAUUAUACGGAAUAAGAAAACAGGAUAGCUUGCAAAUUUCAUCUGAGUUUGAUGGAACAAUAUUACAUAGGUUUUUGCAUGUAAAAAUACACUGAAGGUGUUUAGAGUUCCAGUUAUAUCAACACUCAGGGUCAGAGUUAACUGUACCUAUCUAAAGAGAAAGAAAACUAGAUAAAAGAUUAUUCAUGGACAAGUACAUUGAUAAGAGUAGUACAGUAUUAGCCGUUCUUGACCUAGACUCUGUAGAGCAGACUUUUUUCCACACAUCUCCCUUCCUUUGUAAGAAAAAUCUGAGAACACCAUAUUCAAAAAUGUGCUGGCUAUUUUAUCAGCCAUAAAUAGUGUUGCAAAUUGUAGACUGGUAAUAUGGUCAUGCUGUUGCUUCAUGGGCAGAAGAUAAGAAUAUAAAAUUGUUAAGAUAAUAGGAUCUUUUUUCAGGAAGAAAUACAAUAAUUGACCUCUUUUGGAAGCAAAAUAUUUGCAUGUGUUAAUCUGCAAGAGAAUUAACUCUGUCCUGUGCUUUCAACAGUAUGUUAUUGUUUGCUGUAAGUCCCAUCCCGUCCCGUCCCGUCCCCCCCCCCCCAGGGUGUGUGUGUGAAAGUGCCAAGGAUAUAAACUCAACCAGCAUUUCUGUUACAGAUUUUUUGUGGAAAUUACAGUUAAGUCUAGGGUGAAAUAUUAAUCUCUACUUUUGAGAAAUAUGUGUGUUACUUACAUGUAAAAGCACAUUUUAGAAGGGGAGGUCUUCUAAACUAACUGUUAUAACUUAUACUUUUCACAAGGGCAAAAACAAUGUACCUUUCCAUAGAGUUUAUUCAAUUGCUAUUAAGUUGCAUCUUCCUUGCUAGGCGCCCACAUUCAGAGGUUAAGAGUUUCAAAAGUGGCAGGGGCACAUUGUCGACUGUGAAUAAGAGUUCUCAUUUGUUUGUAUGAUUGCUGUAUGCCUUUGAAAUUAUUGUUGGCAUAUAAUGUAUAGUUUGCUUUAAAGAUUAUUCUGGUGCUUGAUGUGACUUUGCCCAUGACUGUGGCUCCAGCCCAAGAAUGUAUCCAGUUACUAUUACACACCUAGGAAAGCAAAAGCAUCAUACAUAACAAACAAGUAUUAACACUAGUGGUGUUUUGCCUCUGAAAAGGAAGGGCAGUGAGAUCGAAUCCCUUGCCUAUAUCAUACAGUUCCAUAGAUGUUCUGAUUUGCACAUGGCAAGGUAUACCUUGUCUGCCAUGGAAAUGUUUUCUUGAUGUGCAUGAACUCUGCAAACACUGGAGGAUAUAUGUAAAGUAAGUAUUCUCUUAUUUUAUGUAGAAACCACUUUUCUGUCAACUAUAACAAAAUGUGAUCAAUCAGUACUAAAAUUCAUUUGCUCUUGGAUGUAUUUUAAAUAAAUAAAGUAUUACAAUUCCUUGGCUCAAAUUAUUUCAUAUCUGACUGAAGCAGGCCACAGCCACUGCAAAAUUGUUUCAUAAAAAGUUCACAGUAUGCAUGCUUAUUAAAUUUUUAAACAGCUCAGCUUGGCAUCUCAUUUUAAUAAAGAGAACAUUUUGCUUCCUAUCGAAAUUGAUCCAAAAGCCAUAAUAAUACUGUUACUGGGACCAACCAAAAUGUCACAUAUUCAUUACUGCUUUUGGAUUUUUUUCUCCAAUAGACAAUCACAGCUACCUGCAAUUUAUGUAUAUCCAGAUCACUUGCAGGCUUAGUUUUUCCAGAUGUUUAAAUGAGUUUAAACCAUUGAUUCUAAAACUGCUCCUCCAGAUGUUUGGACUUCAGCUCUCACAAUUUCUAAUAGCUGGUAAAUUGGCUGGUAUUUCUGGGAGCUGAAAUCUAAAACACCUGGAGGAGCAGAGGUUGAGAAACACUGAUUUAGAAUGUUUUAACAAAACUUUGCUUGUGCUCAUGAAUUUCAAAUAGUAUGCAACAGAGGUCUUAUAGCUAUGUACAAAAAUGCCCAUCAUUGAAACCUCAAAGGCUGCUUAAUUGUUGGCAAGAUAGUUGAACAGAUGUAAUUUUACUCUCCCUGGGAAGGAGCAAAAGCAAGAGUGUGAUAAAGUAUUUAAAGGAAUAAUUUUAGUUCUUUGAAAAUCGUUAAACACUUAAUUACCAAAUGCCUGUUUGCAAGUUAUACUUUGUGAUACAUUAUAAAGUCCUCUUGAGCCUAUUUCUUUGUGUUUAUGUUGACAUCUAUGGUUGUUAGUGAUUGAAAAUUAAUUCAAAUAGUCUUCAUAAAUUUGUUGCAUAAAUUUACUUUAAAUGCUGUAUUCUGCCAUCAAUUGUAACACAGUCAAAGGAAUGUUUAACAUGUCUUAAUAUUUGACUCCUGUCUAAAAUUAAUAAAAUAGGUUGCAUUCGUAUA